AAUUAGUUGCUUUAAAAAGUUUAAAUAACUCCCAAAAUAUCACUAAUGAAUGUCUAAAAGAGGUUCAGUAUUAUUCAAGAGAUACAAGUAAAUCAAGUAAUAUACUUAGAGUAUAUGGAAUGACUCAAGAUCCAAGUACAAACAAUUAUAUUAUGGUCUUUGAAUAUGCAACCGGUGGAAAUAUUAAUAAUUAUUGGAUAAAAAAAAAUUAUAAAAUUUUUAAAUGGAAAUAUAAAAUACAAACAUUAUCUGAUAUCAUUAAAGGUCUUAAAGAAAUACAUCAGAAACAUAUGGUUCAUUGUGAUUUCCAUACAGGAAAUAUAUUAUAUAAUACAUUACGUAAUAAAACAUAUAUUUCAGAUAUGGGAUUAUGUGGAGAAAUUGGUAACAUAGACGAAACAAAAAUUUAUGGAGUUAUGCCUUAUGUAGCUCCUGAAGUUUUAAGAGGAAAGCCUUAUACUCAAGCAGCAGAUAUAUAUAGCUUUGGUAUGAUCAUGUAUUUCACAGCAACUGGAAGACAACCUUUUGAUAAUUGUGCGCAUGAUCAUCAACUAGCAUUAGAUAUAUGUAAUGGAAUUAGACCUGAAAUAAAUGAGCCAGAAGCACCAAAAUGUUAUAUUGGCUUAAUGAAAAGAUGUUGGGAUUCAAAUCCAGAUAAUAGACCAAAUGCUAUUGAGUUGGAAAAAUUGAUUAAUUCAUAUAAGUAUGUAAUUGAAACAAAAUUUAAAGAGGCAGAAGAAUAUAGAAAAAAAAAUCUUUUAUCUUUUGAAAAUAGCCUAUCAGCUACUCAUUCCCAAGCUAUUUACACUUCUCGGUUACUUAACCCUUUUACGAAAGACCUUCCAAAAUAUAUUGAUGAUAGUGAAUUGAGUUCAAAAAUCACAACUUAUAACAAUGAAGAUAAUGAUGAUAAUUAUAAUAAUAUGAGCGAAAGUUUAGAAAAAUGCAAGAUUGAUGAGAAUUGACGAAAUAAAGGUCCUUUAUAAUAUAAAAAUUUGUUCGAUUUUUGAACUAAAGGUAAAAAUAAUUCAAUAACUAUUAUAUCUGUUGGAAACAAUAAU